AUGGCAACGGCGUCGCGUCUUCCAUCCGGGCCUCCCCGCCGCGGGCGGGCGCGUGAGCCGCGCAAGCGCAGACGGCCUCCCGACAGCCCCUGCGCCCCAGGACGUAUCGGGAGACGCCGCCGGGGAGCCGCGCGUCGCACACCGGCCUCGGGUGUUGGAGGAGCCGGCGGGGUGUUGUCUCCUGGCCGUGAGUUUUCCCGCGCGUCGCUGUCUCUCGCCACAGGUGGCUUCGGGCAGAACGACUUAUGGAAGUAUGUUUCCGUCUGGUACUUGCCUCGCGUGACGUCGAACAGCCGUUUCCGUUCUCACGGAGGCGACCCCGUUGCUGCCGAGUUACCGACGCUGGGCCGACGGUCCCCCGCCCCGCAGUCAGAACCAAACCGUCGUUACCCGAGACAGCGGUCGGCCGGCAGCCUGCGAGUCUGUCCGGUGCGCGCCCGCCGUCCCCACGGGCCCCCGCACGGGGAGAGCAGGGCGGCUUCGGCUGGCGGCAGCUCGGGCGCCGGCCACUCCCCUGAGAUGGGAGCGAUGAAACUGUGCCCUCGGUGCAAACGAGAGUACGAUUUUCCUCUGGAAGGAGUUGCUGACCCCUUUCACUUAUUUCAGAAGAUGGCAAUUUGGUAAUAAACAAUUUCAGAGCGCGUAGCUGUCCAUGCUGGUUACCGAGAACGUUUUCAGCCUGAGAGCCGACGCCCUUCACAUGCAUGACCUUCACCGAGGGUCUCCUUCCCCCGGCUGGCUUGGUUGGCUUUGGAGGGUGAGACUCAAGCUGGUCUGCCGCGCCGCACAGCCCUGCCGCCCAAAGACGACC